AUGUCUACUAACGAAAACUCUCAAAAGGAUAACAACAAGACCAAUUCCAAUCACAGAUUCGUCAAACGUCCAGACGUCUCCGUUAGGGACAAGAAAUUGGACACAUUAAAUGUUCAAUUGAAGAAAAUUGAUAAUGAGAUUGCAUUAUUGAGAAAGCAAAUUGAUCAUUAUCAAAUUUCUGAUUCAGUUCAACAAGAACGUAAAAAAUUAUUAGAUCAUAAUAAGGAAAUUAUUAAGAAUCAAGCUGAUUUGAAAAAUCGUAGAAAUCAAAUCUUUGAAUCUAUUAAGAUCUUGGAUUCAAAUAUUAAGAGAAGAAAUAAUGAAAUUAAUGAAAAAUUAGGUAAGAAACAUAAAUUUAAUACCACUGCGGAAGCUAAACAAAGAAUCGCGGAAAUUGAUGAUUUGAUUGGAUCUGGCGAUUUAUCCAUUGUGGAAGAAAAAUUGUUAGUUAAAGAAGCUCAAUCUUUAAAUAAAUUAAUGAAGGAUUUGAUAGCCAUUGAUCCAAUUAAGAAGGCUAUUGAUGAUGAUAAGGCUAAAAUUGUCAAUUUGAAAGAAGAAUUGAAUUCAUUGAAUCCAAAGACUUUGUCUUCUGAUUUCGAAAAGAAUCAAGAAAAAUUAAAUGAUUUGAACGCAAAGAAUCAAGGUGUUUAUGAUAAGAAACAAAGUAUCUUCUUGAAAAGAACUGCUUUGUAUCAAAAACGUGAUGAAAUUUAUUCUCAAAUUAGACAAAUUAGAACUGAUUUCGAUAAUGAAUUUAAAGCUUUCAAAAAUAAGUUAGAAAAGGAACGUUUAAGACGUGAAGAAGAUGAAAAAUUAUCUAAAUUGAUGGAAGAAAAGGAUUCAUCCUUGGGUAAAUUACAAGAAAAAUUAACUCAUGCUAAAAUCCCCGCUUUCACUUUUGAAAUUGAAUCCAUUGAAAAUACAUUGGUUGCAUUGGAUCCAACUUACGUUAAACCAAAGAAAAAUACUGCUUUGGAUGAAUUAACCAGUUCAAAUGAAAAGAUAAACAGUAACACCCAAAUAAGAAAAGUGGAAGCUGCUGCUGAUUUAGUUCUUGUCCCAACUAAGAACGAAGAAGAUAUUUUCUCAAACACUGCUCCAUCUAAAUCUAAGAAAUUUAAGAAGAAGAAUCAAAAUAAGCAAGCUCAAAAUGGCGAUGCAUUUGCUAAGAUUGAUGGUAAAUUCACUUUGGAACCAACUUUAAUUGCUACUUUGGCUCAAUUAGACGUUAAAGUACCAAUAUCUAAAGAUGAUGUCGCCGUCUCAAUUGAACAAUUGAAAUCUAAACAUGAAGAUUUAAUCAACAAACAAGAUGAACAAACUGAAAAGAAUAUUGCUAACGUUGAAAAGGAAAUUUCUCAAUUACAAAUUUCUUUCCAAAAGAAAGAGGAACAAAUUAAAAAGGAAUUAGAAGAAAAAAGACAACAAGAAGCCGCUGAAAAGGAAGCCUCCGUUGAAGCUUAA